UAAAAGAUAUGGUAAGUUCGAUGGAAGCACACGUGUUGGAGCCAAUCUUAUCAAUUACGGUUUGAAUGAAGCAUUAAACAAAUGGAUUCCCUAACUAACGGUUGGUUCAGCGAACUGCAGGCCACUCUUUGGCCUGGGCAGUCCUUCUCCCUGAAAGUCAAGGAGGUUCUUCAUACUGAAAAGUCCAAGUACCAGGACAUUCAGAUUGUUGAAACUGAAACCUAUGGACGAUGCUUGAUUUUGGAUGGAAUUAUCCAAUGCACGGCCAGGGACGAGUUUUCGUAUCAGGAAAUGAUAUCCUUUCUGCCUCUCUGCGCCCAUCCCAAUCCAAAGAAGGUCCUAAUCGUUGGCGGUGGAGAUGGCGGCGUAGCUCGCGAAGUAGUAAAGCAUCCCUUGGUUGAGGAAGUACAUCAGGUGGAAAUCGACGACCGAGUUGUGGAACUUUCCAAGAAAUAUUUACCAGCUAUGGCAUGUGGAUUCGAAAACAAAAAGUUGAAGCUUACCAUCGGAGAUGGUUUUGACUACAUGCAGAAGCAUAAAAACGAAUUUGAUGUCAUCAUUACAGACAGUUCGGAUCCAAUUGGUCCGGCGGUGAGCUUGUUCCAAGAAAGCUAUUAUGAGCUAAUGAAGCACGCUCUGAAAGAAGAUGGAAUUGUGUGCUCUCAAGGCGGCAGUUUCUGGCUGGACUUGGACUACAUAAAGAAGACAAUGUCCGGCUGCAAAGAGCACUUCGCUAAAGUGGCCUACGCCGUCACCUCCGUUCCAUCCUAUCCCUGCGGCCACAUUGGCUUCGUCAUGGGCUCCCUGAACAAAAACCAGGACUUUACUAAGCCUACACUGGGAAAAUCAGAAAUUGAUGCGAUAGACCUGAAAUACUAUUCUUCUGAGGUUCAUACUAGUGCUUUUGCCCUCCCUCGUUGGGUGCAAAAACAUUUUUACGAUUGACCAAAUUGUCAAAAGAUUUCUUUAACGUCACGAAACCUCCAUUAAACCCGGUUAUAAAACCUAACGAUUGUACUAAACUAAUUACUGAUUAAUGUGCAUCAACGUUUAUGUAUUCAAACGUUGAUGCACAUUAAUCAGUAAUUAGUAAUUAUAAGUAACAAAAGCUGGUACUCUAAAGAACAUGUAACUGAAAAAUGCAAUUUCAUUAAGUACUAUAUAAAGUGGCUUGUUCACUCAUGUACCUUUUCUUGCCAUUCAGAGUUAUUUCCUUAGGAUAUUUUAUGGUUGAAAAUAGAACAAAUUGUAAUAUGUUUAUUACGUAAUGAUA